AUGGAGUUGCAUGGCCGGAAGACCUUCUGGAGCUUCUUGGAAGAAGAUCAAAAAGUUCCUCCAUCGCCAACCAGCCACCACCACCGCCACUCGAACAAAGAGUCUGAGCCCCGGCUCAGCCUCUCGCGGCCUUCGUCGGCCACCGUGGCCUCGCUCUCUCCCUCGAGCCCUGGCGGCUCCCCCUGGACCCUCUCCCCGGUCCGCCGGUCGCCCUCGCCCUCGCCGUCGCUGCUCUACCACUGCAUCGCCUCCCUCCAGCGCCAGGACGGGAACGUCUACUCCAUCGCCAUCUCCCGAGGCGCGGUCUUCACGGGCUCGGACAGUGACCGGGUUCGGGUGUGGCGCCAGCCCGACUGCAUCGACCGGGGCUGCAUCCGGACCCACCAUGGCCGGGUCCGAGCCAUCCUGGCCCAUGGCGGCACCCUCUUCACCUCCCAUAAGGACCACCGCGUCCGGGUCUGGUCGGUCUUCAUCGCCGGCCCGGACCGGCUCCGGUCCAAGAAGCUCGCCACGCUCGCGCCCCGUGCUCCCAGCUUCUUCCCUUUCCACCGAAAAAAGCCCAACCAGCAUCGCGACACCAUCUCCUGCCUCGCCUGCUACCACGCCGAGGGCCUCCUCUACACUGGCUCGUGGGAUCGCACGGUCAAGGUAUGGAGGUUGACUGAGAAAGCCUGCGUUGACUCGUUCGUCGCCCACGAGGGGCAGGUCAGCGCCAUGCUGGUCAACCAGGAGGACGGCUGUUUGUUCACCUCCUCCUGGGAUGGUUCCGUCAAGAUAUGGAGGAGGGUCUACGGGGAUAGCUCGCAUGCUUUGACCGUGGUCCUAAGGUUCCAGACUUCGCCGGUGAACGCGUUGGCGUUGAGCCAUUCGAGUAGUUCUUGCUUCCUCUACUCGGGGUCGUCGGACGGGUAUGUGAAUAUAUGGGAGAAGGAGGCGGCGUCGGGGCGGUUCAACCAUAGCGGAUUCCUCCAGGGGCACCGAUUCGCCGUGCUGUGCCUGGCGGCGGUGGAGAGGGUGGUGCUGAGUGGGUCAGAGGACACCACGAUAAGGGUGUGGAGGAGAGAGGAAGGGACUGGGUUUCACGCGUGCUUGGCAGUGAUCGAGGGGCACCGGGGGCCGGUGCGGUGCCUGGCGGUGAGCCUGGAGGUGGAGAGCGAAGGGGUCGGGUUGUUGCUUUACAGUGCGAGCUUGGACAGGAUGGUGAAGGUGUGGAGGAUAAAGGUGGUGGGGAAGGUGAGGGAGGGGGAGGAGGGGCUGGAAGAGGAGGGGGAAGGGGAGGGGAAGGAAGUGGCGUUUGAGAUGAGCCCAGUGCUGUCGCCCUUGUGGGUGGAGAAGAAGCUUCAGGCAAGUCAUUUGUAUUAAGAGAUGGGGGUUCUGAUGGAAGAGGGUUUGGCGGUGGAUUUCAUCACUUCUGACGAGUUUGUGCUAAUGAAGGUGGCAAGGAGGUUUUCUGUAUGUAACUGAUUGGUAAACUGAAGUUAGACAAUUGGUAGUACCGCGGGCACUAGAUUUCACUACUUCUGACAAGUUCGUGCUCA